UCUAUCGUACGCCAACUUCGCCAUAUUGGAGCGGGCGCCAUAAUUCGUAAUAAAACUGGAGCAAAGAUGCCAGACUCGUGCGCAGCUUGGGGCUGUAAAAACCGUCGCACAACCCAAACCAGAUCGCGAGGAAUUACUUUUCACAAGUUUCCCAAAGAGAAGCAUCUCAGGAGGCAGUGGGAAAUCUCUGCAAGAAAGAACGUAAGCGUGCACUCCGUACUAUGUAGUGAACACUUCCGGCCGGAGGACUUUGACAGGACAGGUCAGACUGUCAGGAUCAGAGAUGGAGUUAGACCGUCUGUCUUUAGUUACCGGACCUGCAAAAAGCCCAGGAAGACACGAACAUCACAGAAGGCUUUGGAGGAGCUGCCGGUGGACUAUUCUCUUAAAAAACAAAAGACUGGACAAUCGCAGAAGACUUUGCAGGACCUGCCAGUGGAUUAUUCUCUUAAAAUCCGAAAGAUUUCACCAGAUUCCAACACCCUAUCAAAUUCAAAGGGUGUUCCUCAUAACAUUGACCACUGCUAUGCUUUGCCGUCAUCUCCGGCUAUUAUAAAGGCAAGACUCCAUGAAGCCCUGGCAAGGGUAGAGAGUCUAGAGCGAGAGAUAAGGAACAUGAGGAGCCGAGAACGGAGGGCGAAGAAUUCAGUGCACGAGCUUCUCGAGGAUCUGAAGCAGAAGAACCUCAUAAACGGGGAGCUGAAAGACAAGCUCAAGGUCUACUCGGAAAUUCCGAUAGACCUCCUGGUGAAACAAGGCCAUGAGUACACACAAGACCAGAAGGACUUUGCCAUUAAUCUUCACCUGCACGGUCCCAAAGCAUAUAACUAUUUGAGAAAAUCUCUCCAUCUCAACCUCCCACAUCCAUAUACAUUACAAAGGUGGAUGGGUACUGCAGGUGACAAGACGGCCCCAAACACAACGUCAGAAACAUGCUGUAUAAGCCAAGAGGAAGACCUGGAUACAGAGAAUGUCACGGUGGUGCAGUCGCUGGAGGAACUGCAUGAGCGUGGAAUAAGAGUACUGUGGACGGUGGAUGACCUUCCCUCUGAUAUUAGCAUAUCUACCGAAAUUGACAGUUAAAGAGAGGCCUAAAAACUUUUUUUGCUCAUUUAAAUACUGGUGAGAGGGUGUUCGUGAUGACUGGCACGUGCCACGUGUUGAAGGCGGAUUAUAGUCAAAUAACCAGCACCACUGGCCAGAUCAACAGGACGUACAUGAUGGAUGGCAUGCAGCCAAUGAGAUAUCAGACAAGAAUGUGUUUUGAUGAUAUCACGGCUGCAGGGACACUAAGGCGCUCGGUGACAGCAACUCUGCGCUCAAAUACUCGCAGUUUAAACACUGAUGAAACUGACAUAUUUAUUGAGCCUCUACAACAUACGGAGUCUAAUGCUUUGUUAUUGCAAACAUUUUAGAUGAUCGACAGCCUCUUUGGAAUGAACAGUCCACGUGUCGAAGAGUUCAAAACAUCUCUGUGUUGUUCGAAUUGGACUGAUAGGGAUCUUGUUGGUGAAUUCUUCAGUUUCUGAUGAGGAGGUAAUCAUCAAAAGUUUAUACAUUUUUAUAUUUGCUGUUUAAUUCGUUUUUUUGACCAUGAAAUAUGCCCCGCUGUUUAUUUCAGUGUGUAAAAUGUGUAUUUUGUAAAUAAACUGUAAAUCUUUUUCUUGGGCGAUAACGAUGAAAGUGUUUAAUAGCUUUAUCGUCACGUGACCACAUCGUGUUGCUUGGAAUGCAGUUAACAUUUCUUAAAUAAUAUUAAAAAUCGUCUUAGCUGCAGAAAUAGUCUAGCAUGCUAUCUUAAACAUAACCACUUUCACUAAAAUGCAUUUCAUCCUUACAAACGUAAUCGUGAUACAUGUGCAAGGAUUCUAGUGUGGUGCUGUGUAAAAUGUCUCGCUUUUCUAUGUCCUCAACAUCAACAAAAAGCAGCUGUGGUGUUCAGAUGUCUUGAGUGUGUAAAUAUGACCUCACGUUUUAUGUUGGACAAACCUAACCUUUUUAACUUUAAGGAUUUGCUGGGGAAUCUCACGGCUCUGUGCUUACCUGUGAAGAUAGGAUGUUAAAAAAUGUACCAGACAUUCCGUUAACUCGCUUUGACAGAAUAAAUGGCUUCAUAAGCAGGUGGCAGAAACAUACAGACCUGCAGAAUGCUUUGGAUCUGAACCGCAGAUAAUUUACGACUAGGAAAGUGUUUUUUAGACAUGAACACUCACGCACGUGGAUCUUACUUUUCAGUCGUCGAAAAUCUUUUUAGUAAAGAAACUAUUCGACGAGUCGAGCACCAAUGGAACCUGGUGCACCUUCACCCAGAUCUCAAUGAACUUCAAGACCUUGUAUUUUGGCAGAAGAUUUCAUUCACUGGGAGGAUAGAGGGAGACCACAGAUGUCUUCGCUCACUCGUAUGGCCCAAAUAUUGGUGUUUGCUGUGAGAAUUAACAUGUUACAUUGAAGUCAUACCUGGGCAAAGCAAGCACUGUACAGUCAGAUGAACAUCAGCCCUGUUCUUUUUAUUCCAUCUGCUGGCGACUGGAUCAAUACCUUCCCUAUUUGCUUUAACAGGUUAUCAUCACAAGUGAAACAUCACUUGGUUUGGUGCAGAAAAGACUUGCAAGAAGAGAUUUAGAUGCCAGGGACUGUGAACUGAGUGUUCACAGGUUUAGUAGAAAGCUUAAAACAUCAGUCUGUCUGAAUUUGUGAAAUGUUUAUGUUUGUACAUGGCUUAUCUUCAGAAUUAAAUAGUGAAUUCACAAACAGAUGACUGCACAUUUAAAAACAAAGGUGCUUAAAAGGUUCUUCACAAUGCCAUAGAAGAACCAUUUUUGGUUUCACAAAGAACCAUUCAGUCUUUUUCUUACCUUUUCAUAAUCUGAAGACCUUUUUCUUGUCACAGAGAACCUUUUGUAAAACAGAAAGGCCCUUCAGAUGUUAAAUGUUCUUUAUGCCAUUUAGACAAAAAAAUAUUUUGAAUCAUCUUUAUAAUUUUUUAUAAUUAAAUACUGUACAUAUCUGAACAAACAAAUAGUAUUUAAAUAUUUUAUACUACCUUUAAUUUGUGAUAUUUUGCUCAGUAAUAGUGAUGUAAAAUGUCCUAAUUGCUAUUAAAAUUAAAUCACAAUUUAACAAUAUUCAUAUGAUCUGGACAUAUUUCCACGAGAUUUACCCGAGUAGUAUGUUAAGUCUAUGGCUAGACUGGAGGUAUACAGUACGUCUAUUAUGGCGGAGAUGUUGAUUUAUCUCACACUGGUAGCAGACAGACACAUUUUAACAUGUUACUGUUAUAUUGCUAUAGGCUGUCUGGCUGAACUGUGUGACGACAGACAUAACACUGAUUUAUAUGUUUGCGAGCGAUGUCUGUACAUUUUCACUACAAAUGCCAUUCAAUUCUGGCCAAUAUUUAAGCUGGACAAUGAGACUGAAAACUCUGUGUCAAAUUUCAAUUUAAUGAAAUACUACUGACAAGUGAAUAGUAAUUAGAUAUUGUAGAUUAUACAUUCAUAAAUGUCAUACAGUGUCUUUGACUGUAUGUUUAAGACAUUGCGAAGAAACAAAAUUAAUGUGGAGAAAAAGGUUAUUUAACAUUUUAAGCGAUAUGAAAUCUAAAAUUUGGAAAGGGCAAACAGAAAAACAAAAUAUACAAGCAAUGAAAAUACAACACAAAACAAUUUGUGAUUAUGGCUGGAUA